GCUGACCUCCCGAGGGCAAAGCCCCUGGGCCACGCACACAUGAGAGCACGCGAAUGGAUUGAGUUUCAGGGCUAGCGAGGAGGAGGCGCUCGCAGGAGGGAGCAUGGACCGGGGUCCACCCCGGGCUGGGCCAGGCGGGCACAGGCCGCCCUAUGACGGGCCCACCUCGCCACGCGAGUUCUAUGGGGGGCCUCCGCGAGACGGCCGGGAUUUUAGGCGCCCUUCCUUCAGCCAGGACCGAGGAUUUGCCUCACCCGUAGGCAGGGCCGGCAAUUUCAAUGGACCUGUGUCUCCGGAUCGCCAUCGUGGGUACUCACCUGAGCGCGGGAGACCAUACUCGCCUCCCGACCAUGACCGCCGAGGCUUCUCACCGGAGCGGAAUGUGGACAGGGACCGGGGGCCACGUUUUCAGAUGCAGGAACGCCCGAACGGCUAUCGCGGAGAGCGCCCGCGGGAUGAGGGCUUUCGCCGCGACAACUACGGCUAUCGCGGCGGUGGAGGAGGAGCAGGCGGUGGGAUCGAUGAGCAGGGCAGGCCGCCGGUGAGGUCCCGGGACCCGUCCCCUGACCACCACCACAGCCACUACCACUCCACCCGCGAUCAGCCCAUACGCGAGCGCGGCCAUGAAGUGGACCAGCACGGCCCCCGACCCACCAGCCGGGAAGGGACACCUCUGGACAAUUGGGGCAAAUCAGGCGCUGGGACGGGCGGGCUAAGCUCGCACGGGUCGCAUGGCAUGGGUGGCUCCCGGGGCGGCGGGCACCGCACCAACACAGCGGCUGUCAGCUUGGGGCCUGCUGCAGGUGGCGGUGGGGGCGGCGGUGGCGCCGGUAGCAGCCGGCAGGGUGCUCCCAGCGGGCCCCUGUCGGUGGCGGCCCCGUCGGGCGACUUUGCAGACACCGGGCCGUCGUCCAAUGGUGACUUAGAGGCGGGUGAGGUUUUGCCUGGGCCGACGCCAGGUUCCCGGGGCGGCGAGCAGCACACGCGGCCCUCGCCCGAGCACCACAAUAGCGGCCAUCACCACUCUUCCCAUCACAACUCGCAUGGGCACCACCACCACCAUCACCACCACCACUCGUCCUCCUACCAUAGCCACGGCAGCCAUCAGUCAGGCGGGCCAGGAGGCGGCGGGGCUGGAGGCGGCGCCGGGCCAGGGCCCGGCUCCACCUCCCACCACCACAGCCACCACGGGCAUCGCAGCAGCUCAGGCCCUCCCGGCGGCGGGACGCGAGGGGGCUCCUCUGGCAGCUGGGAGGCAAAGGGCGCGGGUGGCGGCGGCGCCGGCGCCAACCAGCGUGACGGGCCGCCUCUCCGUGAGGCCAGCAGCCGCGACGUGCGCGGCUCGGAGCACGGCGGGCGAGACAGCCGGGACGGCGGCGGCCGCGAGGCGGGGCGGGACGCGGGCGGCAGCAGCGGCAGGGAAGCGCGGGAGGGCUCCCGGCCACCUCAGCGCACUCCAUCCUUGACCGGGGCCGGCGGGCAGCAGCAGCCUACGCUCCGCGACGGUUCGGGGCCAGGCCGGCCCGAGCUUGUGACCCGGGAGGGCUCAGUGCCGGUGCGAGACCACCGUGACCGUGACCGGGAUCGGGACCGGGAGCGAGAACGGGAGCACUCGGCUGGCAAGGGCCGCGAGCCGGGCCGCUCCUCUAGCCAGGGUGGGGGCGGCGGCCCGCCAUCGCCGGGUCAGGUGGGGCGGGAAGGGCGCGGCCCGGCGGACGGCUCCGAACCGCGCUGGUCCAGCGGAGGCGGCGGCCUGCACCACGCGGAGCAACGGCGCGUCAGCUCGGGGGCGGUGCCGGGGCUGGAGGCAGCCGACCGACGACCAAGCAACACCGGCGCCGAGCUGGACCGGCGUGGCAGCGCGCACUUGGCGUCGCUGGAUCGCCGGGCCAGUGGCAGCAGCAGCCUGGGGCAGCAGCCGUCGGCUUCGGAGGCGCAGCAACCGCGUGUGUCCGCGGGGGGCGGCGGGGACGCGCCGGGGCCAAAUGACGGGGGUGCGGGCGGCGGCGGCGGCGGCGGCGCAGCCGGCCCCGCGGCCGGUGUUGAUGACCAUGACUGUGAGCCGGGACAGGUGCUGCUGCCACCGCCGCAGGCGCAGCCAACUUCGGGGUCGGGCCUAGACCGCCGGCCCAGUGGCAUGACGGGCGGCAGCACAGGCGCCGCCGCGGGUGCCGGCACCGGCGCCGGGCUGCACGCGGUGGGCAGCGUCAACAGCCUCAGCGCGGCGCCUGGGGCAGCGGCGGCCAGUGUGGAGCCGGAGCCCGGCGAGGUGAUGAGCGACGGGGAGGUGGAGCCGGAGCAGGAGGCCGCGGAGCGGGCGGAUUCGGGGCAGCUGGACCCUGGGCAGAUUCCGCCCAAUGAGUUGGAGUCCGGGGCGCCGACAGAUCCGCCGCCGCCAGCCGCAGAGGCGUCGAAUGCUGCGGUGGCGAGGGCGGCCACAGCAGCAGCACCUGCAGUGGAGAAGGCAGGGGCGCCUGCGGACCCGUUUGCCGGGCCAGCCGCAGGUGCGACGGCUGCAGCUGCGGCGGGCGGCGGCGGUGCGGACGCGGUGGCAGCUGGCUCGAGGGAGGAGGAUGCGGCUGUGCCGUCUGCUUCGGGGGCAGCGGCGGUGAGCUCCGACAUGGAGCGCGCGGCGUCAGGUGGUGCAGGCGGCCUGUCCGAGCGCCAGCCGUCCCUGACAGGCGGCGGCGGUGGAGGCGGUGGCCCGGAGCGUGCGCCCUCUCUGAGUGCGGGCCUGGGCGGUGCCGGCGGCGGGGGCGGCGGCGAGGAGGGCAUGGGCACUGAGCGCAAGAGCAGCCUUAGCAUCCGGCGCUUCGGCUUUGGCCGCGCUCGGCGCUCCCUACCAGCCAAGUCGGCGGGCGAGGGGAUACCCGAGGAGGGCGAGGCCGCGGGGCUGGACCGGGCGCCGUCCGCAUCGGCGCCGCGCGUGUCGCAGCCCGGGGAUGCCCCGGAGGCAGGCGAGGCGGGCUCCGCCGCUCCUGGUGCCACCGCGGGUGGCGAUGCGGUGGCUGCGUCGGGCGCGGCCUCCGGUGAGCCUGCUGGCUUGGGGACGGGCGGCGCGCGUGACCUGCUGUCCUCGCUGCCGCCCAUCCUGACCAUCCCAACGCCUGCUGGCGCGCUGCCAUCAGCUGCGCCCACGCCCGGCACGGCCCUUACGCCGGGCACCGCGCUCUUCUCCAACGCCACCACGCCGAUGCCUGGCACAACCCCUGCCAGCACCAUCACCCCAUACCACGGCUCGGCGGGCGGCCCGUCCAUGGCGUCAACGCCAGGGUCUGCCCUCACGGGUAGCGGCCCUGUAGGCGCAACUCCUGCAGGGGGCGCAGCCGGGCCGGUAGUGGCGGGGGCGUCAACCGCGGUGCCCAUGGAAGUCGAGGGCGGGCAACAGCAGCAGCAGCAGCAACCUAGCGCGGCGCAGCAGGACGUAAAUAACGCGGCGGCGGCGGCGCAGCAGGGGCAGCAGCCACAGCCACAGGGCGAGACCGGCGGCAACUCGGCCGAGACAGUGGCGGGGUUGUCAGCUCGGAUUGAGACCCUGGAGACUGACAUCACUGACUUGGAGCGACAGCUGUCGGAGCUGAUGGCGGAGGUCAACCAGAACCGCUCUGAGGCGUCAGCACUGGAGGCGGCACUCGGGAGCUUGCAGGAGCAGCUGCUAGAGGACUCGUCGGAUGAGGACGCCGAUGAUGACGACAUCAGCGUGUCCGACCACUCAUCCGACUUGGAUGGCCUGGACCUGGAUGACGGCGUCGGGGUGGGGACAGCGGCGGGCGCCGGCGGGCAGCAGCACACGGCGGCGGCAGCAUCGACGUCGGACGCAGCGGAGGCGGGCCAGGCGGCGGCAGCGGUGAUCGCCGCCGCGGCAGCGGCGGCUGCGGCUGCCGCCGCGGCGGCGCUCGCGGCAAGCGGGCGGCGAACGUCGCCUGCGCCCGGCAUGGAAGCGGGCUUCAGCGGUGCGCUGGCCAAGGAGGAAGGGGAAGCCGCUGCUGCGGCGGCGCGCGCGCAGGAUGCGGAGGACGACGCGGCGGCUGCGGCCGCCUCCGCCCCGUCCAACAAGCCGCGCGGGCGCCCCCGCUCCACCGCCAAGAUGCGGGCCGCGGAAGCGGCGGCGGCGGCGGCCGCCGCCGCCGACAGCCGCCGCAAGCAGACGGAGCAGGUGACGCGUGUGCCCGCUGACGGCAUGUUGCACCUGCCGGCCGUGCACUUCAAGCCGCGCACGCUCGCCGCGGCCAUCUCCACGGUGCGCCAGGGCCACGAGGAGGUGUUGCGGAUGCUGCCGGACGACCUGGCGGCGCGCGUGCGCGACGCCAUCGCCGCCGCCGCCGCCAAGCAGUGCCGCGCCGCCGCCGCCGCGCCCUGCCCCGGCUACGGCCGGUGGGCGGUGCAGGUGCCGCUGGUGGAGGUUAUUGUGGAGCCCAUGUAUCGCGAGCCCACCGACCUGCCCGCCUACCAUGCCAACCAGGCGCGGCACGCGGCGGUGCGGGGGGCGGUGGCGCGCUACCUGCGGCAGCGGCGGGGGCUGGUGGCGGCCAAGCAGGAGGCGCUGGUGGCGCAGUACGGCACCAACAUGGCCGCCUACAAGCAGUACGUCACCAACAACGGCCGGCGGCCCAUGCUGCCCAUCCCCAUGCCCACCGGCCGGGGCCACGGGCUGUACGGCAGCCGCGCCGCCGCCGCGACGCAGCCCGCCUACAACCCGUACGCGUACAGCCACAGCGACGUGGUCCGGUCCGACCUGGACGAGCAGCGGUUGCUGAACAACUUUGCAGCGGUUGAGACGCUGAAGCACAUCAGCGCUGUGCCCGACAUGGUGCUGGACAGUUGGGAGCGGCGGUGGCGGGCGUACGACAACCGUUGCGGCCUGGUGCUGGACCCGCUGCGCGAGCUGGAGGAGGAGCGGGUGCUCAAGGCCUGGGCGGAGGAGGAGCGCACGCUGUUCAUGGACAAAUUCCUGGCGCACCCCAAGGACUUCCGGAAGAUCGCAACAUUCCUGCCCGGCCGCUCGCCCGGCGACUGCGUCGCCUUCUUCUACAAGAACCAGAAGCUCGACGACUUCAGCACCGUGCGCCGGAAGCAGCAGCUGAAGAAGCGCCGGCUGCAGGCCGACAUGCGCAAACAGCAGUACGCGCCGCUGCUGGUGGCGCCCAUCGUGGCGCACCGGCAGCGUGCGGCCGCGCAGCAGGCGGCGGGCGGGCCGGGAGGCGCGGCGGGCGUGGGGCCGAGCGGGCCAGGGGCAGGCGGCGGCAUGGGCCCGGGCGCGGACGGCCGCGGCGGCGGUCGCGGCGGUCGCGGCGGCGCACGCAGCAUGGCGGCGGGCAGCGGUAUGCACCACCGGCGGCCGAGUGGCCAGGACCCGCUGGAGGGCUACGGCCCUGGUGCCGGCCCCCUCCCAGUCCCUGGCUCUGGGCCGCAGUCCAUGGCGCACGCUGUCAGCGCGCCGCUGCCCGUGUCGGCCGGCCGCGGCCCGUCGGGCCUGCCGCCGGGCGCCGCCGCGGUAAUGGCGGCGCCCGGCGGCUACCAGACCGUCAUGGCGGCGGCGGCGGUGCACCGCGGCAAUGGGUCUGACGGCCGCCUGGAUGCGUUGGGCGGCUCGCCGCCCACCGGGCCGCCGCUACUGCCGCCCAUCGGCGGAAGCAUGACGGUGCAAGCGCCGUCGCCGCCGCACCACGGCGGCGGCAGCAGCUCGGGCUGGACGGAGGACGACUUCAUCGAGUGCUACCGCACUCACGGCAAGAACUGGGAGGCCUACUGCCGCGUGCUGGGCAUGCGCUCCGAGUCCGCCGCCAAGCAGUACUACUACCGCAACCGGGAGCGGCUGGGUCUGAUGGAGCCGCCGCCGCAGGCGGCGGCGCCGCAGCGCGUGCCGCUGCUGCCCUCCGCCGACGUGGCGGCGGCGGCAGCCGCCGCCGCGGUUGCCGCUGCCGCGGCCGCAGGCCGCGGCGGCCGCGAAGGCGCCAGUGAGGGCGCGUCGCCGCAGUUUGACGAGCUGGGUCUUGGCGGGCUGCAGCAGCCAGUGCUGCUGCCAGUGAAGGGCGCGUCCAUGCGCGGGCGGCGCGGCCCCACGCGCACGCCCACCGCCGGCGGCGGCUCGCUGAACAACGGGCCGCCGCUGCACUCGGGCGCGGGCUCGCUGGAAUCCAGUGAGGCGCUCGGGCGGCACUACAGCACCAAGGGUGACCUGGACCCCGAGAUGCGCUCCGACUCCGAGUACGACCCAGCCGCCGCCGGUGCUGCUGCCGCCGCCGCCGCCGCUGCUGCUGGCGCCGCAGCUGGCGGCGACGCGGCCUCCGCCGUCGACCUGCUGGCGGCGCUGCGCAACCCGGACAGCAGCGCCCUCACGCAGCUGCUGGCGGGCGGGCUGCUGACGGCGCCACCGGGUAAAGGCGCCGGCGGCGACCAGCUGGGCAGCAUGCUGGGACAGCUGCUGCUGCAGCAGGAGCAGCGGCUGGAGGCUCGGGAGCGCGAGCAGCAGCAGCCGUCGGGCGGCCUGGGAUUGAACCUGAACGUGCUACUGCCGGGCGGCGGGAACGCUGCUGGCGGUGGCAGCGGGCUCCACCUGUUCACAGCCGGCGGGUCUCCGGCUCCUAUGGAUGAGCAGCUGCACGGCGGCGCGCUGCCGUCGCCCAUGGACGACUUGGGGGGCGGCGGAGGCGGCGCCGGCGGGCUUGGCGGCAGCGGGCGGCGUGGCGCCAACUACUGGAGCCAGGAGGAGAAGGACGUCUUCCUGCACGUGUUCAAGAGCUAUGGCCGCGACUGGGCGCGCCUGGCCGAAGCCAUCCCCACCAAGAGCACCUCACAGAUCAAGACCUUCUACCACAAUUACAAGACCAAGAUGGGUCUCGACAAGCUGGAGCCGCCAGUCGGCGGGCCGCCCACGGGCCGCGGGCGCGGCGGCGCAGCCGCCGCCGUCCGCGCCGGGCGCGAGUCUGCCGCCGCCGCCGCGGCCCUGGGCCUUCGCGGUGUCGACCUGGGCGAUGCUGGUGGUGGCGGCGGUGGUGGCUUUGGUGAUGCGGAUGAGCGGCCGGCGAAGCGCCAGGCACUAACGCCAACGCAAGAGCUGCUGGCGGCACUGACUGGCGCCGGCGGCAGCGGCGGCGCGGACCUGAGCGCCCUCACCGGCGGCGGCGGCGUUGACGGCGGCGGCGGCCUGUCGCAGCUCCUCGACCUGCAGCUGCUUGCCGGCGCCUUCAACGGCCAGGGCGGCUCCGGAGGCGGGGGUAACGGCAGCAGCGCGGCGUCGCCCGCCAGCAUCCUGCAGCUCCUCAGCAGCCUCUCGGAGCUGCAGGGCGGGCCGCCCUCCGCCGGCCGCGAUCCCGGCGGCGACGGCGGCGACGGAGGGCUGCGACUGGGCCCUGGCGCGGGCGGCUCGGCGUCGUCCACGCGCGGGCCCUCGCCGGGGCCUGGCGGUAACGGCGGUGGCAGCCAGGCGCUGCAGGCGCUGAACCUGGUGUCGUCACGGCAGGGCGACGGCGGGCUCCAGGGUCUGGCGCUGCCGUCCGGCAUUGGCCUACAGGGAGUGCCGCUCACCGGCCCGGGUGGCCUCGUCAGCCUCUUCGGAGGCGGCGGUGGCGGCGGCGGCGGCAACGCUUCUGGCGGCAGCGCCACGCCGCUCAAGCUGCAGGCCCUCAACAUGGACCUUGGCACCCUGGCCGGACUGCUGGGCGGCUCCUUGGAUCGAGAGGCAGGAGCGCAUGGCAACGGCGGCGGCGGUGACGGCGGCCUGGGCGCGCUGGCAGCGCACCUGCAGCUACAGCACGCGUUCGCGGGACUGGACAGGGAACGGCACGCCGCCGCUGGCGGCGGCGGCGGUGGUGCACUGGGCGGAGGACUGGGUGGCCUGGGCGGCAUCGGCGGCGGCGGUGACAGCGCGGCGCAGGUGCGAGAGCUCCAGGCGCAGCUGCAGCAGCGCGAGCGCGAACGGGAGCGCGAGCGCGAGUUGCGGGAGAUGCGGGAGUUCCGCGAGCUGGAGCGGGAGCUACGGGAGCAGCAGGCGGAGGCGGAGGCGGCCGCCGCCGGCGCCAUGUCGGUCACCGCGGCGGGGCUGCUGGAGGUGUUCACCAGCCACAUGGCGCAGCAGCGGCGGCAGGGGCAGCACCCGCACCCGCAGCAGCCGGAGCCCCUGCAACACGAGUCCAGUGCCGCGGCUAAUGCUGCCGGCGGUGGCGGUGGCGGCGGCGGCGGCACCAGCACCCGGGCUGCGCUGGAAGCCCUGGCGGCUGCCACUGCGGCGGCAGCUGCAGAAGCACCCGACCACCGGUUCGCGCAGGCCACCGGCGAGUUUGGUGCCGCCGCUGCGGCCGCGGCCGCCAAUGCCGGCUCCGGCGGGCCAAGUGCCGCCGCGCUGCUGGCGGCUCUAAAGGGCGCGAUGGGUGAGCUCAAUGGCGCCGGCGCCGGGGCCAGCGGCGCAGCUGUCACCGGCGUCGGCCGGCGCUCAGCCCGCUCCAGCCACGACGGCGGGCUGACUACCGCCGAGACGCUGUCACACGACGGUCCCGGCGCCGGCGGUGGAGACGCCGGCGACAGUGAGCCGGCAGCCAAGCGGCAGAAACGCUCGAGCCGUGACUCGACCCAGCUGCAGCCGCUGACGCUGCCUGGCCUCGACCUCGGCGCGCUGGUUGCAGCCGGCGGCGGCGGGGUGGCGGGCGGCACGCCGCCAGCGGUCUCGCCGCGGGCCGGCGACGUCAGCACCCGCCGGCUGUUGCUGGGCCCUGGCGGGCCGUCGGAGGAUGCGGUCGCGCAGCUGCUGCUGCAGCACCAGGCAGGCCUGCGCGGAGCGGUGCCAGGUCCCGCCGGCGGCGGUGGUGGUGGCGGCAGCGGCCGGCCGCCGAUCUCGCCGCCGUUGAACCUGCUUGGGGGCCCCAUGGCGGCGUCCAGCGGACUGCGGCUGGUGCCGCUGGCGCCGUCACAGGCUGUGGGUGGAGGCGGGCCGGGGCGUGACGAGGGACUCACGCGCAUGCGGCUCUCCACGCCGCCGCUUCCGCUGGCCGUGCCUGGAGGCGGCGCAGGCGGCAGCAGCAGCCAGGCGCUUGCUGAGAUUAUAUCUUCGCUGAAGGGCGGCGGCGCGCUUGGCGGUGGCGGCGGUUCGGGUGGAAUCGAGCGAUUGCUGCAAGCGGACGGGCCGGCAGGCGGGCUGCAGCCAGCGCGCGGAGCGAACGGCUCCGGCAGCGGAUGGCAGCAAACGGAUAUGGAGUAAACACCGUUGGCGAGUUCAGGGUUGCUUACCGUAUGUGUGCUGGGUGUGAGGUGCGGCUAACUUCCUGCAUGUCGGGACACAUUGACUGUGUGCAUGUUUCAGUUUACCAUUUGGCGGGGCCUGGUGGAGAGCGUAAGUGCCGAGGUCGUGGGCGUGAGUGCGAUAAACGGACUGUCAAGCGUUUUAGCGCCUCGCCACGCAAUUCGGUGUUGAGAGGAGGGGACGACCGUGCAGAGCUUCUUCAAGCGCAACUAUGCACCGGCAUACUUGGGUAUGGGUUACGGUACGAACUGCUUCCAUGCAUAUACGUCGUGCGUGUGCGGUAGCGUCUCAGCCUGCUGCGCAGACGCUGCCUUGACGUUGUAGAUUGAAAUGAAUUAUGCACUUCUGCCCAUGGGCGGAGUUUGUUGUGUGUGGGAGUGCCGUCCUGUGGGCCGGCCUGAUCCACUUGUACACCUAUCUGGCCUGAAUGCGCCGUGAUUGCCCUAUGCGUCAGCACCAGCGCGUUUGCUUUGUGGUGCUGUUCAGGAUGCCGCUGUGGGAGCACCGGUGGAGCAUGUAUGGGUUCAUAGUAGCUACAGAGCUACAGGUCAGGCUUUGAUGCAGGCUUGGUGGCGAUCUGUACAGUCCAGUAUCGCACUGGGUUGAGGAAUAUGGUAUGGUUGACGGGCGCCUUCCUCAUCAAGAAUGUGGGCCUGCAUGGCUGCGGUAUCAGUUGUUGCCUGCCCUGUUGAUGACAAACUUUGGACAUUCCUGUGUGCACGUCACGUCACGUGCAUUGCGUGUUUCCUGUCAAUGGACGCGUAAAGGGACGGGUCCU